UUUUUUUUUUCCCGACCACCAUCUACCGUGAUCGCGAACAGCAACAGGCCAGCGUCGUCCAAAAAUGCUCGUCCUCUUUGGGUCUUCCUCUAUCUCUGUCCAAAAGAGGGAUAUUUUGCUCCGUGCAAUCCAGUCAAUAGUUCCUACCAUUGUCUCCGUUGAUGCCGUGUGGUUACACAUCGUCAAGUGCCGUUCCAAGUCAGCCGAGUCUGAACUAUCAGAUCUUCAAUCUGCGUCAAGGAAGAACCUGGAUCACCUCUUGACCUAUGGUAGUAAUGUUCAAUUGGCUGGCACAGACUUCACAUCCCAUAAUGUGAUCUACGUGCUUCCACGAAUGGGGUCCAUUUCACCGUGGUCAAGCAAGGCGACGGAUAUUUCGAUCAUUUGCGACUUGGGCGGGCUCGUAGAAAGGUUGGAACGGGGUGCUGCCUACGCCUUCGGUACCACUGAAGGGAAGGUCCUAACUAAGGAUGAAGUCGAAGCAAUUUCCCAUUUGCUUCAUGACCGCAUGACACAGGCUUUCUAUCAGCACCUUCCUUCCGAAGACACUAUAUUCUCGCACAACGAGCCUAAACUCCUACGCACGGUCGAUCUCUCCGGCCCAUCUCCCAAGGGCAUCUUCAUCCAGGCAAAUAAAGAUCUGGGUCUCGCCUUAUCUCCAGAUGAGAUUGAAUACCUGCUAGACGCUUACAUCUCAAUCAACCGCAGUCCCACGGAUGCUGAGCUCUUCAUGUUCGCCCAGGUCAACUCUGAACAUUGUCGCCAUAAGAUAUUCAACGCGUCGUGGACUAUCGACGGGGUCCCUCAGCCGUGCUCCCUCUUCCAGAUGAUCCGAAAUACUGAGAAUAUCUCUAAUAAGGGCACGUUGUCAGCGUAUUCGGAUAAUGCUGCCGUUUUAGAGGGACAUUCUGCCCCGCGAUUCUGCCCUCACAAGGGUCUGUACAGUUCUCAACAGGAAGACGUGCAUAUUCUUGUCAAAGUGGAGACGCACAAUCAUCCUACUGCCGUUUCUCCAUAUCCUGGUGCUGCUACCGGCUCUGGGGGUGAGAUUCGUGAUGAGGGUGCGGUGGGUCGUGGAUCGAAACCGAAAGCUGGCAUGGCAGGCUUCACGGUUUCCAAUCUUCUUAUCCCGGACUUUCAGCAGGCCUGGGAAACGGACGUUGGGCGUCCAGGUCACAUUUCAUCUGCUCUGGAUAUCAUGAUUGAGGCUCCGCUCGGUGCCAGUGGUUUCAAUAACGAGUUUGGUCGCCCAGCGCUGGCGGGAUAUUUUCGUACGUUCUGUGAACGAGUUGGUGGGGAGGUGAAGGGUUAUCAUAAACCAAUCAUGAUUGCUGGUGGCUACGGCAAUGUGCGACCUCAGAACGUGUACAAGGGAAGGAUUAGUGAGGGUGCGAAGAUUGUGGUUCUCGGUGGUCCCGGACUGUUGAUCGGUCUUGGCGGAGGUGCAGCAUCAAGUCAGAUAUCAGGGGCGAGCUCAGCUGAACUAGACUUUGCAAGUGUGCAGAGGGACAACGCUGAAAUGCAGAGACGGUGCCAACAGGUUAUUGAUGCUUGUGCCGGAGAGGGCGACCUAAUCGAGAGCAUUCAUGACGUUGGAGCUGGCGGUCUGUCGAAUGCCCUACCUGAACUUGUCCACGAUUCUGGUCUGGGAGCUGUCUUUGAGAUACGGGACGUUCCAGUGGCGGAUGCGUCGAUGAGUCCAAUGGAGAUUUGGUGUAAUGAAAGUCAAGAACGAUAUGUUCUAGCUAUCUCCGCUGAUAAAAUCAACGACUUUGAGGACAUUGUGAAGAGAGAACGGUGUCCUUUCGGCGUAGUUGGUGUUGCUACCAAGGAGGACGAGCUGGUGGUGACAGAUCGACUGUUUGGAAACGAUGUCAUACGCCUUAAGAUGUCGACUCUCUUUGGGAAACCGCCGAAGAUGUCACGGACGGACACUUCGAGACGAAGUGGCUUGCAUGCGUUCGAUACGACACUAUCCAAAUAUGUCACCCCAAAGGUGGACAUCCUAUCAGAGGCUGUAGAUCGUGUCUUGCAUCUCCCGUCUGUGGCCUCCAAGUCCUUCCUCAUCACCAUUGGAGAUCGUUCCAUCACGGGCCUUGUCACCCGCGACCAGAUGGUCGGUCCUUACCAGGUGCCCGUCGCGGACGUCGCUGUUACACGUACGUCGUUCGGUUUCAAUGUCCUCAGUGGAGAAGCCAUGAGCAUCGGUGAGCGAACACCGCUUGCAAUUCUUCGACCCGCUGCGUCUGCGCGAAUAGCGGUUGCUGAAGCGUUGACAAAUCUUAGCGCGGCCUGCAUCGAGGAUAUCGGAAGAGUCAAGCUAAGUGCCAAUUGGAUGUGUGCUGCUGGCAAAGGCGGCGAGGGCGCUGGCUUAUAUGAGGCCGUGAAAGCCGUGGGUCUGGAAUUGUGCCCACAACUGGGGGUUGGCAUUCCCGUUGGUAAAGACUCAAUGUCAAUGGGGAUGAGGUGGACGCAGGAAGGGAAAGAGAGGGAAGUUACGGCGCCCCUGUCCUUGAUUGUUACAGCAUUCGCUCCUGUGGUCAAUGUGGAGUUAACCUGGACGCCCCAGCUCCAAGCGGUGGAGGAUACUGUAUUGGUUUUGUUCGACAUUGCCAAGGGAGAGCGGAGGAUGGGUGGAUCUGCCCUGGCCCAGGUCUUCAAAGAAGUUGGAGACGAAGCACCAGACGUCGAUGAUGCUGCUCUCCUCAAGGCCUUUCUCGUAGGCUGUCAAGCAAUCAAGAUGGAUAGUCCAGACGUUGUGUUGGCUUAUCACGAUCGUUCAGAUGGUGGCCUCUUUACUACUGUUGCGGAGAUGGCAUUUGCUGGCCAUGUCGGAGCGGACAUCAUUCUGAGGGACGAGGAUGCCGCCGAUCCAUUAUCUUUCUUGUUCAACGAGGAGCUCGGAGCUAUCGUGCAGGUGAGACGACGCGAUGUGGAAAAGCUUCACAAGUUCUUUGGCGACACAGGCUUUCCCAAUCAUUAUAUCCAUAUUGUCGGCGUGCUCAAUGCUGAUCAGACCGUCCGGGUCAAGCGUGGCCUCCAAACGCUCUUCGCCAGUCAAAGAAGUGAAUUACAGAAGAAAUGGUCAGAGACGUCUUUCAAAAUGCAAGAGCUACGCGACAAUCUGCUGACGGCGAAGGAGGAGUUCGACCUUAUUGAUGAUCACUCGUACAGUGGGAUAACCUAUGAUCUUACCUUCUCCUACACUCCGACGCCAACAUAUCACUCCCGUCCCAAGGUCGCUAUUCUUCGGGAACAGGGUGUCAAUGGUCAGUUAGAGCUAGCAUGGGCAUUCACUGCGGCCGGUUUUGAUGCCGUCGACGUGCAUAUGUCUGAUAUUCUAAGUGGUGUUGUCAGUCUUGAUUCAUUCCGGGGUAUUGCCGCGGCGGGUGGAUUUUCCUAUGGAGACGUCCUUGGUGCCGGGAAAGGAUGGGCACACUCUGUCCUCUUGCAUCCCACCACAAGGGGACAAUUUUCCUCAUUCUUCAACCGAAGCGACACAUUCACGCUCGCUAUAUGCAACGGCUGCCAGUUCCUCAGCCAUCUCCGUUCUAUAAUUCCUGGAGCACAAGACUGGCCAGAUUUCAAGUCCAACUACAGCGAACGAUUUGAAGGACGGGCAGUCACUGUGGAGAUCGUGGCGAACAAGUGCACAGCAUCGUCCGUAUUCUUGAGAGAGAUGCAAGGUUCGAGACUGUCGGUUGCCGUGGCUCAUGGAGAGGGACGUGUAGCGUUCAGUUCUGAUAAACAGAGAAGGGUCUUAGAAGGGGAAGGGCUCAUCGCAGUGCGGUAUGUCGAUUCAAAGGGUGCUCCGACAGAGAGGUAUCCUUUGAAUCCAAAUGGUAGUCCUGGGGGAAUUACUGGAGUCCAAACACCAGAUGGGAGAGUUCUUGCGCUUAUGCCGCAUCCCGAGAGAGUGGUAGCAUUGGAAAGUAACAGUUGGUAUCCAGCUUCGUUCAGGAAGGAAUGGCAUGGGAGUGGGCCUUGGUUCAGAUUGUUCCAAAGUGCUCGCAAGUGGUGCGAAGAAAUUUAAACAUGAUUGUCAAUAGAGAUUUAUUCUGUACUACUUAUAGAUACGUGUUUGAAAUUAACUUAAAAUUAACUCCC